AUGGGGACCAAAUUACGCGUGCGCAGUAAUGUCAUGAUGCAUGGUAAUAUACGUGUCGUUCAUUUGGUGGAAAUAAGCGAUGGCGUUAAAGAAGUAUCAACAGCAAUGGAUGCCACAUGUACCGCACCUGAACCCUCCAUCCCAACAAAACCAUCCAAACCUCAAGAAUUUGCUGCACCUGGCACGUUCAAGGAACUUCUUUGUAAAGGUCAUUCGUGUGCAAAGUGCCACAAGUGUCGUGAUUGGCAUUUCACUGGUGAUCAAGACACAUGGAAUUGGGUCUGCAAUUACGAAAAUUGGAAAGUGGAGGAUAAGAAUCGUUGGUGUAUUGGUAGUUGGAAGUUUUUUACGAAACUUAAUGAUGGUAGUUGGAAGUUUUUUGCGAAACUUGAUGCUGGUUAUGAGCUUUUUACGAAACUUGAUGGUGCAACCUGUGGUCAUUCUAGUCUUGAUUUUGAUCGUAUUGCUAGUAUUUUUGGCGGUUUUGCUUUUGAUUUUGAUCGUUCUUUUCUUGGUUUUGAUCGUUCUCGUCUUUAUCUUCUUCAUGUCUGUCUCUGUGAGAAACAAUAA